CAGCCUCAUGGGCAGAUGCCCAGCGAUAAGACCAUUGGUGGAGGGGAUGAUUCUUCAUCUUUCUGUGAAACUGGAGCUGGAAAGCAUGUGCCUGAGGCAGUUUUUGUGGAUCUGGAGCAUACUGUCAUUGAUGAGCUGGGGGGGGGGGGGGCGUGGAAAAUCCGAAAUGGCCCAUACCGCCAGCUCUUCCACCCAGAGCAGCUUAUCACUGGGAAAGAAGAUGCAGCCAACAAUUAUACUGGUGGCCAUUACACCAUUGGAAAAGAGAUCAUCGACCCAGUAGUGGACUGGAUCCGAAAGCUGUCUGAUCAGUGCACAGGAAUUCAGGGCUUCCUAGUAUUCUACAGAUUUGGAGGGGGCACCAGCUCUGGCUUCACCUCUCUGCUGAUGGAGUGGCUUUCUGUCAGAUACGACAAGAAGUCCAAGCUGGAUUUCUCCAUCUACCUAGCUCCACAAGUGUCCACAGAUGUAGUAGCUCCCUAUCACUUUUUCCUAACCACCCAUAUCACCCUGGAACACUAAGACUGGACCUUCAUGGUGGACAAUGUGGCUGUUUAUGGCAUCUGCCGCCACAACCUGGAUAUUGAGUUCCCUAUCUAUACCAACCUCAACUGCCUUGUCAGUCAAAUUGUAUCCUCCAUUACAGCUUCUUUGCACUUUGAUGGGGCUCUCAACAUGGACCUGACAGAGUUCCAGACUAGCCUGGUUCCCUAUGCUCAAAUCUACUUCUCCUUGGUCACCUUUGCACCACUCAUUUCUGCAGAAAAGGCCUACCAUGAACAGCUGCCAGUGCCAAAGAUCACCAAUGCCUGCUUUGAGCCUGCCAACCAGAAGGUGAAGUAUGACCCUUGGUAUGGCAAGUACAUGGCCUAUUGCAUGCUAACAGGAGAUGUGGUGGUUAAGGAUGUGAACGCUGCCAUCGCUGCCAUCAAGACCAAGCACAGCAUCCAGUUUGUGGACCGGUGUCCCACAGGCUUCAAGAUUGGUUUCAACUACCAGCCACUUACUGUGGUGCCUGGAGGUGACCUGAACAAGGUACAGCAUUCAGUUUCCAUGCUGAGCAACCCAAGUGGCAUUGUUGAAGCCUGGGCCCACCUAGACCACGAGUUUGACUUGAUGUAUGCCAAGAGAGCUUUUGUACACUUGUGUGGGGGUGAGGGCAUAGAGGUGGGUGAGUUCUCUGAGGCUUGAGAGCACAUGGAUGCCCUAGAAAAUGAUUAUGAGAAAGUAGGCAUCAAGUCCUAUGAGGAAGAGGAUGAAGUAGAAGAAUAG